UAUAAAACUAAAAUGUUGGCAGAUUUUUUUAGCUUUUUCAUUACAACCAGACGCGAGGUAACACGUGCAGCGAAUAGAGCGCGUAUAACAAACACCCCCUCAAAAACAAAACCCUUCACCGUUGGAAUACAAGUGUUUGAGUAACUGAAAACCAGUCGACGGAAAACACAAUCACCCAACGUCAGUCGACUACCAUCACCAACCGACAAUUGCAGCAGCAGCAGCAGCAUCACCAACAACACCAUCUUCUUCUUCUUCGCUAAGCCAAAACAUUGCCACAGACAAAUUAUGGCCCACAAAUUUAACUGCAACAAUUUUAAGACACUCAACAAUAACAACAACGACAGUAGCAACCUCGCGGAUCCAUCCACAUCUCCGACAUCAUCGUCCAUUGUCAGAGGCAUGCAGCAGCAACCACAUUGCAGGCAUCAUCUUCGUUUCCAGCUACCUCGUUUGGCCGUCGUAGCUACUGUCAUAUUGGGCCUGUUACUCUCCUGCAUUUGUGUCAGUGGGCAAAUUGACGGCUAUGAAGCUGGUGUUGAUUAUCCAACAUAUGAUUCGGUGCCCAAAGGCUUGUCAUUCAAGUGUCAAGGCCGUGCACCCGGAUACUAUGCCGAUACAGAAACUAGAUGUCAGAUUUGGCAUUGGUGUCUUCAUUCCGGCCAUCAAUAUUCCUUUGUCUGUCCAAAUGGCACAGUUUUCAAUCAGGCUGUUCGUGUUUGUGAUUGGUGGUCCAAUGUCAAUUGUCCGGCCUCGGAACAAUUGUACGAAAACAACGAUGAACUCUAUCGAACCGUGGAGCCCAACAGCAAUGGGGGCGAUGGCAACACCAUUUGA